AUGCGGCGCAGGCCAGCAAGACGUUUCCGGGAGCCACUUCGUGAUUGUUUCCGUCAUUUGCCGCGACCAAGAUCCACCUUUAUGGCCACGGUGCGUGCCUUACUAUACGGGUCACGGCCAUCGGUCCAAAUGCCGGCACAAGCCAGGCUGCAGAUUUUUGCCCCAAGAGCUAUUUCUAAUGUGCAAUAUCAUAAGGCAUGGGGAAAUAACGAGGACGAUCGAUCCUCCGAACAAUGUUACCGCGCCGACAGGAAGGGGGCUUACGGGCCAGAUGUGCAGAGCGUAUGCGAUGGACCGCGAGUGAUGACUAUCGACAAAACACCAACGAAUAUGUAUCGGUGGAGAAGUGACUUCGAGGACAAGAGCCCGUUUUAUACAAAACCAUCAACGACCGUUGAAUCGGCCCCUGCGCUGAAAAGUGAAACGUUGUGGCACAAAUGGUCAGACACAGAAAAAGAAUUGUGUCGGUUGAAGAAGGGACUCGGUCCUGAAUAUAUGAACCAAUUGAGAACGACAAAACAAAAUCUCCGCCUUGAACAAAUGAAACAGAUUACACCAACAAUGACAGAAUUUAUUUCAAACAUUUCAAAAUUUGAUGAAGAAGAGUGUAAACUGUUCAUACAUGGGCUGGAACUUGAACUGAAUGAUAAAACAAGAAGAACAAUGCGUGAAGAAAAUAAAAACGUCAAUGCAUGUGGUGCUCAUGACAUAAGCAAAGAGCUUCAACCAUCAAAUAUGAAGUCGUCUUUGUCUACCGUUGGUUUGGAGCAUUUCUUUCGUGAAGUUGCACAGAUCUAUGAAGCAUCUAAAGAGUGCAAGAUGCAUCAAGAUUACAAGAACCUUUCAGCUCGUAUGGCACAUUUGUUUCUGGAUGGAUUUCCCAUGGAGCUCCUAGAUGGAGACGCUGGAUGCAUUCCCAUUGACUGGGUCACAGACGUGUUCGGAGAAGUAAACAACAUUCUAUUAGGAGAAGUACACAACAUUCUGAAACGAGACCCCCGCAUAUUUGUGCUGUCUGUGCUGGGCGUGCAGAGCUCGGGGAAGUCCACGCUGCUCAACACCAUGUUUGGGCUGCAGUUCGCAGUGAGUUCUGGUCGCUGCACACGCGGCGCAUUCAUGCAGCUCCUCCGCAUUGACAAUGAAUUAACUGAAGAGCUCGGGUUUGAUUUCAUCCUGGUGAUCGACACAGAAGGGUUAAAAGCUCUUGAGCUGUCAACACUCGAAAACAGCUAUGAGCAUGACAAUGAGCUAGCAACACUGGCUAUUGGUCUCAGCAAUGCUACUAUUCUCAAUGUCAAGAUGGAAAAUGCAGAAGAAAUGAAAGACAUUCUGCAGAUUGUUGUUCACGCUUUUUUGAGAAUGACUGAAGGUGGAAAAAAACCUAGCUGUGUGUUUGUUCAUCAGAAUAGUGGAGGCAUCUCUGCUCAUCAGAAGAAUAAACAGGACCAGGAACGUCUUCUUCAGAUACUGAACGAGAUGACUGAGGCGGCUGCAAAAAUGGAAGAGAAAUCGAUGUAUUAUAAACAAUUCACAGAUGUUAUAGAUUAUGAUGCAGAAAAUGACAAAUGGUACAUCCCUGGACUCUGGGCUGGUGGUUCAUCUAGGGAUCGGGUCAGUUGUACAUAUAGUGAUGAGAUAUGGAAACUAAAAAAACACCUUCUCGAAAAAUUCAAAAAACGUGCAUAGUUGGACAACAUUUACACGUUGCCAGAAUUCAGUGCAUGGAUAACGACGAUGUGGACAGCAAUGAAAAAAGAAACUUACGUCUUCCAUUUCCGGAACUUUCUUGUUCUUGAAGCAUACAACACGUUAUGCACUGCAUAUACAGGAUGGGAAUUAAAGCUUCGUAUGCAUAUGAUUUCCUGGAUGCAAGAUGUGUCCAAUAAACAAGUAGAUUUGAUUUUGAAAAACACACCCGAUGAUGACAAACAAUACAGUAAAAGUUUCGUAAUAGACAUCAAGAUGUAUGUUUGCUCCAUUGCCAUCGAACCUUUCACAAAGCAACACGAGCGUAUUCUCAAGGAAAACGACCCAUCGACUCGACUUGAAGAAAUUAAAAGAUCAUAUUUCAAUUUGCUGACAUCAAUGUGUAAAACUGAAGAUGGAAAACAAAGAAAUGUUAUCGCCCUUUGUGAUGGAUGCCUUAAACCCGCAUUCUUGGCUGUUCUGAAAGAACAAUUAGGGACAAUUAUUGUCCAGGACAUGAUGAAAAACAUUGUUCUUUCAAAUCGUAAAGCACUUCAAGCGACUAUGUUGUCGUCCGUAUUGAACGGAAACAACUUUAACACCUUAAUCAGUUUCAUCCACGACUCCAACGCCUUCACUAUAUCAGCUAUAAAGGGUCUCAUCAUAGAGCAUUGCACACAAAGGGAUGAAAAUAAAGAAGAGAAGCUCUAUAACAUCCAAUGCUUUGCACAACCUAUUCUAGAUGGGAUCAUGGCAAAAUUAAACAAUGCGAUAUUAAAAGAAACUGAACACACUGAAUAUAUUACAGUGGCUGAUUUGUUAGAAAAACUAAAAUCUAAUCUCAUAAAAGACAUCGUCAUGAAAUUUGACUUUCUUCAAAUUGUAGGACCCCACACUCUUGAAAACCCAGACAAGAUCAAAGAGUUUACUAAAGAAGUUGGUGAGGGAAUUAAGCGAGUGAGCUCCGAAAUUCUGAAAUAUUUGUGUGGCUUGGAAAACCUUAACAAGUUAUUGGAUGAAAUGCCAGUGAAGCCACAUGAAGAGAUAUUCAAGACCGUGUCUGGCUGUGGGCAACAUUGUCCCUUGUGCAAGGCCCCUUGUGACCGUGGUGGCAGUGCUCACAGGGAGCGGGCAGCGAUGCAUUACCCUCAAGGGCUGUGCGGCAGGAAGUGUAGUGACGGAACUCUGAUCGUCGAUGUAUGCACAACGUCUGUGGCUAAAAGCAAAUGCUCAUAUCAACGAGCACACUCGUUCACUAACGAGGAUACUAAUAAAGAGUGGUAUGAGUACAGGAACUAUCGUGAAGUUAAUGACUAUUACAAAUCUUGGGACAUUCCACCAGAGACCAUUGACCCGGAGCCAGUUCUUUGGAAGUUUGUUUUCUCUAAAUACAAUGAAAAACUUGCCAAGAAGUAUGAAACCAAAUCAGCAAAACUCCCACAAGAAUGGGGUCUUGUAACAAAGGAAGCUGUGGAAAACAACUUGAAAGAAAAAUACGGGAAAAUAGAAAAUAUAAACCUAUUUUGGAAUAUUAUGAAGAAAUUUACCAUCGACUCUUUGCGAUACAUUGCACACGGUUUUCGCACUAAGGUGCCAACUGUUGAAGUACUAAAGGCGAUCCAGAGUCUGAGACCAGAAAAGGCACCGGGGAUAGAUGAUCUCCCAAGCGAAAUGCUGAGGGAGGAUGGCGACCUUCAUGAUGGUGAGCAGGCCCGGGUAUUCACUGUUUACCUUGGGGUGCAACAGGGAUGUCCUAUGGCUCCAUUCUUUAACGUCUAUUUCGACCACGUAGUUUGUGAAGCCUUUGAUGGCUGUACCGGAGGAAUUUCCAUCUGGUACAGAUACAAUGGGAGGCUGAUCGAUGCCCGGGUGUGGUAA